UUCUCUGCCAUUCAUUUCCACUCCCUGAGAAGAUGUUCCCAGGGAGAAUCUUCUGCCUGGUCCUAUGUGUACUGGGCACUGCCUGGGCAGUUAAAGAGGAAGGAAGCUUCCUAGCUGAAGGAGGAGGCGUUCGGGGUCCCAGAGUUGUGGAACACACAUCAUCCUCCUGCAGAGAUGCUAACUGGCCCUUCUGUUCUGAUGACGACUGGACAUAUAAGUGCCCUUCUGGCUGCAGGAUUCAGGGACUGAUCGAUGAGACCAAUGAAGAUUUUACUAACAGAAUCACCAAGAUCAGAAACUUGUUGUUUGAUUACCAAAAGAACAACAAAGAUUCUAACUCAGUGAGCAGGAACAUCAUGGAGCUUCUGCGAGGGAACACAGCCAAUGACUUCAAUAAUGGUAAUUCAUUUAGCCAAGUAUCAGAAGAUCUGAGGAGAAGAAUUGAAACGUUGAAGGUUAAAGUGAUUGAACAAGUACAAAAAAUUGUUUCUCUGCAGAACAGCAUCCGUAAUCAGUUAGUACAGAUGAAGCAACUCGAGGUGGACAUUGACAUCAAGAUCCGAUCCUGCAAAGGGUCCUGCAGUAGGUCUUUAGCGCGUGAGAUCAACAUCAAGAGCUAUGAAGAGGAUCAGAAGCAACUUGAGCAGGUGGCAGCCACCAACUUAUUCCCCAGAAGAGAGGUCCAGUACUUGCCCAACUUGAAAAUACAGCCUAUGAAAGAUCUGAUUCCUGAGAACUACAAAUUCGAGCUCAAGGAAGCUCCCGCUGAGUGGAAAGCCUUAAUGGAAAUGAGACAGUUGGAAAUGGUUUUGGAAGUACCAGGCAGAGACAGGAAUUCCCCAGGAAGUUCCUCCCCUUCUGGAACAGGCUCAGAGCCUGAAAGCCCCAGACCUGGAAACAAGAGGCCAGAAAGUUCUGGGAGUGGAAAUUUUGGAACCCACAGUUCUGGAAGCAGUGGGUCGUGGCCCAGAGAGAACCCUGGAUCUGAGAACUUCAGACCUGAUAGCUCAGGGCAUGAGACCUCUAGACCUACAAACCCAGACUGGGGUCACCACGAUUGGAGCAGACAUGAAGAAUCAUCCAUGGGUGAGAGCUCAACUAGAGGAGGAAGUUUCCAUACCGGCAAGCUUGUUUUGGGAGGAGAUAAAGAGUUUGUACUGAGUGGAGAAAAGGACACCUCGGCUACCAGAACCACCACACGCCAUGCUUGUUCCAAAACUAUCACCAAGACUGUGGUGGGUCCUGAUGGCAGAAAGGAAGUGACCAAAGAAGUUGUCAACUCAGAGGAUGGUGCUGAUUGUGGGGACAUGCCAGAUUUUAAUUUUGAGCGCCCGGACGAAAGCUCAUUUACUUUCACUGGCUUAGGGAGCUUAGAAGAAUUCCGGCGUCGAUAUCCUGAACAUGGUAGCUUCUUCGGCUCUGCAUCACCUGAUUCCACUUUCCAUAGUUCCACUCACCGAGGGGAUUCUAGUUUUGGUUCAGAGACAUCGAAGGGAGCUAGCAGUAAGGUUUCAGGAUCACAUCUGAGUGAUGGAGACACUGAUAACUUAGGUUCAUUUACCUUUGGGGAACCUGUCUUUGGUGAAGGGAGCACUAGCUCAAGUCACAGAAAAGUAGUGACCAGUAGCAAGACUUUCAGCAAAGGAGGCAAGAACUUGAAAAUGGCCGAUGAAGCUGAUGGAGAGACCCAGAGAGAGGAAAGAACAUUCGUCCAAGCUCGUAGUAGCAAAAGAAGUCAUGUUAGAACCCGCAGUGCUCGAGGUACCCACAAAAGGCCGGGAUCUGUUUUAUUUCUAUCUGGGCCCAGGCCUGACUUUAGAACCUUGAAUGAGCAUAACCUCUGCCAACCAGCUCAAAUUUUCUUUUUAGACUGUGAUGAUGUCCUGCAAAUACACACUUCAGGUGUUCCAAGUGGUCUUUUCAGUAUCAAGCCAGCAGGAUCCAGUAAGUUUGUUUCUGUUUACUGUGACCAAGACACCGGUUUGGGAGGAUGGCUUUUGAUCCAGCAGAGAAGUGAUGGAUCAUUGAAUUUUAACCGGACAUGGCAAGACUACAAGAGAGGUUUCGGCAAGGUCAAUGACAAAGGGGAAGGAGAAUUCUGGCUAGGUAAUGAAUACCUCCACUUGCUCACUCAAAGGCAGUCUGUCCUUCGGGUAGAGCUGGAGGACUGGGAUGGGAAUGAAGUAUUUGCUGAGUAUAACAUCCAAGUUGGCUCUGAGGCAGAAGGAUAUGUCCUAAGAAUUUCCUCCUAUGAGGGAACUGCUGGGGAUGCACUGAUCGAAGGUUCUGUGGAGGAAGGGACUGAGUACACGUCUCACGCCAACAUGAGAUUCAGCACCUUUGAUCAGGAUAAUGACCAGUGGGAGGAAAACUGUGCUGAAAUGUAUGGAGGUGGCUGGUGGUACAACAAUUGUCAGGGGGCCAAUCUAAAUGGUAUCUACUACCCUGGGGGGCCUUAUGAUCCAAGAGACAACAGUCCUUAUGAGAUUGAAAAUGGAGUGGUUUGGAUCCCCUUCCGAGGUUCUGACUAUUCACUCAGGACUGUACGCAUGAAAAUCCGACCUCUAGAGACCCAGGAGUCAGAAUAGGAGGAAGGGGAAAAACAGGAUAUUUCAUUAGUCUGGUGCUUUGGGUUGUGGAGUUAAAAAAGAAAAAGGUAGAUGGAAGGAGAAUAUGGGGAUGGGUCUUUAUGAGUUCCAAUAAAUCCCAGGUGCUAUUUGAUUCCCUUUGUACUGUAGCUAAAUGCAACUGAGAUAUAUUUGUACUUCUAAUAAUAAAGUUUUUUGAUAUUUUUCAUCUCUAAAAUAA